UGGUUUGAGCUGUUCUGUACGCAGUUUGAUUUAAUGGUGUGUUGCAGUCGGGAUCUGCAAAUAAAAACAAAGGUGGAGAUGGGUCCAUUCAAACACACGGUGGACGACGGUCUGGACGUCCGUAAGGCUGCGUUCGAGUGCAUGUACACUCUGCUGGACAGCUGCAUGGAGGGGCUGGACGUCCUGCUGUUCCUGGACCACGUGGAGGAGGGACUCAAAGAUCACUACGACAUCAGGGUGAAGGCGGGAUCGGUGAAGCAGGAGUUUGAGAAGCAGGAGGAGCUUCGGCGCUCUGCGAUGCGUGCCGUCGCCGCCCUGCUGGCCGUGCCCGAGGUGGAGCACAGCCCCAGCAUGGCCGACUUUGCAAACCAGAUCAGAAACAACGCCGACAUGGCCUCUAUCUACCAGAGCGUUCAGGGGGGGGAGGGGGAGGCAUCGGGCCCGCAGGGAGCAUGGACAUGAGCUAGA